AUGUAAUUCUAUUAUUUCCAAGAGGCUGCCUUUCUGUACCAGCUACUGCUACUCAUUAAUCCUUUAUCUUCCUCCUUCGCCUUGGUCCCCUCCACUCUUAUCGCCAUGAAACCGCCGGAAAACCAUCAAAGUCAACACCUUGAAGAGUGCCGCCACCUCCUCUCUUCCCUCUCAGAAUCAAUCCCUGCUGUACGCUCUUUCCUAGGCCGAUGGGCCGCCGUCUCCGCCACGCUCGGUCGCCUUCGCCCCGCCGUCGACGAAAUCGCCGGUUUCCCAGCCAACGAACUCUCUGACGACUUCCUCUGCUUCCUCUCCCAAACGCUCGCCCUCACCCUUUCUAUCUCCAACCAGUGCCGCAACCCCGACCCACCCGCCGGCCGACUCCAAACUCAGAGCGAGCUCGCAGCCGCCGCAGCUUCUCUCGACCAGCUCGCCGCAGACGCCGACUUUCUUCUCCGCUCCGGCGCCCUUCUCGAUCCCUUAUCACCUCCUUCCUCCUCCUCCCGCCGUGAAACCUUGCGCGCCGAAGCCCAAUCUGUUAUCAUUCGUUUACAGAUCGGAACCGUGGCGUCACGGAUUUCGGCGCUCGAUUCGCUGAUGUCAAUUCUCAAUGGAGACGACAAGAACGUGAUUAUUGCCGCAGCACAGGGCUUGGUUCCAGCGCUCGUUCGGCUCCUCGAUUUCGCCUCACUUUCCCAUCCUGAAGUCAGGGAGAAAGCCGUGGCGGUGAUUGCUAGGGUUUCCUCAUUGGAGAGCUGCCGCCAUCUGCUCGCCUCCGAGGCCGCGUUUCUCGUUAGCCACCUCUCUCGCGUUCUUAUCGAGCCCGACGGUGUAGGAUCCACGAAAGAGAAGGCCUGCUUCGCUCUCCAAGCUUUAACCAUCCAGAAAGACAUUGCUAUGACCGUCGGCACAAACGGUACAAUCUCUAUUCUUCUCGAAACCUGCCGCUCCGGCACUCCUCCAGCCCAGGCCGCCGCUGCCGGCGUCCUGAAGAACCUCGCCGCCGUUCUGGAGCUGCGGGAGAAGCUGAUCGAGGAAAACGCCGUCCCCGUUUUUGUCAGAGUUCUUCAAUCAGGAACAAUUCAAGCUCGGGAAAAUUCCAUCUUUUGCUUAUCCAAUUUGACCACAGGGGAAGAUAACCAGACUAUAAAGCUCACUAUUUUACAACAGGGCGUUCUGGAUUGUAUCAGAGAUUACUGGGACAGCCCCGCCCACGACAACCGAGACCUCCGGCCUGCCAUUAGCCUGCUUCGCAACCUAUCAUCUUCAAGUGUUUUUUCAGAAAUCAUUCUCUCUUCCGGAUUCCUCCCACGGAUAAUCCGAGCACUGGAUAGCUCAUCCGCCGGAACCAGAAUAGAAGCAAUCAGAGCUGUUUCUGAUCUAACCCUCUUCUGCACGAACAAAGAAGGAGUAGAGUACGCUAUGCCGAAGAUUGUUAGGAUGUUGGAAGCUAAGGGGGCAGAGGAAAAGGAGGCGGCGGUGAAAGCUUUAGCCUCAAUGAUGACAUUUUCAGUUUGCAGGAGAUUGAUGAGGAAGGAUGAGAAGGGAAUUCUCAAUCUCAUCCUGCUCCUCAACUCCUCUGUGGAGAAGAAGCACAUAGUCACAGUCUUGCUCGCCGUGGCACAGAGCAGGCGUUGCAGGAAGCUAAUGGUGACCUCUGGUGCUCGUGGCUUGUUGCCAUGGCUUGAGAGUAUGGAGGUGGAAGGCGCCAAGAAGCUCUCGGAGCUCUUGGCCAAAGGUAAGCUUUUGGGUGUAUUUCCAAGAAACUGAUCUAGUCUAGUUUAAGCAUAUUUGUCUGUGAUUAUGUGUGAUUAGAUCUUCUUUUUGUUCAUUUUUCUGUACUCUGUACAUGUUUUAAUGUUACAGGUUUCCUCUUUCUUCAUGCAAAUGCGAAAUAAUGUAGAGAGAUGUUGAGGAAGAGCUUGAUUCUAAGAUGUAAUUUAAUUGUUCAAUUACUAAUAAGAAGAGAAUUGUUGUGUUAAAA